CCAGUUCCGGUUUUGCAUACGGAAGUGAAACGUUUGAUGCGGUUCGGGAUGAAAGUGAGUCUGACUGGCUUAAUUAAACAUGAACUUCAACAUUCGUCCUGCGACCAAAGUAGACUGCAAAGACAUAAUCAGAAUGAUAAUGGAGUUGGCGGUUUAUGAGAAGAUGCCUGAUCAGGUGAAAAUAUCAUGUGAAGAACUGGAACGCGAUGGUUUCAACCAGAAUCCAUUCUUUGGGUGUCUUGUUGCCGAAGUACCUGAGGAAGACGGGUUCGCAACUGUUGGAUACGCCCUUUACUUUGACAUCUACAGUACAUGGAAGGGACGGUCGAUGCAUUUAGAGGACUUAUAUGUGAUGCCACAAUUCAGAGGAUUUGGCAUUGGAAAAAGUUUACUGAGUGCAGCUGCUCAGGUGGCCAAAGAGAAGCAGUGUGCGCGUUUGCAGUUGAGCGUGUUGGACUGGAACACUCCAUCACGAGACUUCUAUGCUGCAAAAGGAGCUCAGGAUCUCACUGUUAAGGAAGGAUGGCAUUUAAUACGCUUUGAUGGACAAAGCUUAGACAAUCUGGCAAAUGAAACUCAGAAGAAUUAAAUGGGAUUAAUUAAACAUAACAUACACUGCGGUCCAAAGGUUUAGAACACCCCACAUCAACAUCCAGUCUAUUGAAAUUCAAGUCGUUCAAGUCCAUUGAAUAGCUUGAAAUGGUACAAAGGUAAGUGGUGAAGUGCCAGAGGUUAAAAAAUAAUAUGUAUUUCAGCAUUACACAUUAAGGCCUGUUUCAGGGACCACAAAACGGGUCAACAAUAUAAAGCUGUUUUGCAGAAAUGGAGGUCUGGAGUACUUACUACCUCCUCUAUCUGCAAAAACAUGCAUAAAAACACUGUUCGGAUCACACUGUAAUACUAUACCCAUGUGAACAUCGGUUGAACCGCAUUGUACUGGGGAAAGUCAUUUGUUUCCAUAACAUUGGCAAAAAAAAGGACAGACGACCAAAAAUGUAGUUAUACAGUAUGUAUUUUACAUUUUGGGAAUAAACAUCCAUAAAACCUUUUCCUGCU